CGUCUAGCCCGCAUUUUCCUUUCGUACCGCACACUGCACCAUGCUCGCACUGCUGCUCGCCGCGAGCGCCGCGGCGGCCGCGCUCGUCGAGCACAACGUGACGAUGCGCUCGACCGCCGCGAUCUUGCACUACACCCCGUUCAACACCACCGUCGAGCAGGGCUGGAACGAGACGUACUCGGAGGCCUCCUGGGGCGAGUACAACACGCGCGCCCUGCCCGACGGCGACAGCGCGUUCGUCACCUCGUACGCGGGCGCCACCGUCGGCGUGAGCUGGGUAGGCACGGGCGCGUACUUCCACGGCACGGGCGGCGACGUCGCUGUCUCUGUCGACGGCAAAGACGUGUACUCGGGCGGAAUGGGGGUUGUCGGCGUUGGCGGGUUGCCGUAUGCGGCGCACAACGCCACGCUCACUGUGCGCGGCGGCACAGUCAGCGUCACGAACUUGACCCUCACGACGAUUAUCGGGGGCGCGGGCGCGGUGGACAUCGACGCGGAGAUCAACGCGCUCGACAAGGACACGAACACGAACAAAGAGCUCACGGUCGUCGGGCGUUGGGGGGAGAGCACGACGUUCUGCGGGAGCAUGCAGAACGAGACGUGGAGCAGCACGAACUGCGUCCGCUGGGAUUCACUCGGAACAGAGCAGAACGGCGCGUCGCUUGCGAUGCGCUCGCCGCCGAAUGCGAGCAUCGCCCUGCUCUCCGGUGCCGUCGGGAGCGAGCACGACGCCUACACUGUUGUCGUGGAUCCGGCGCCGCCGCAUUCGCCGCCCAGCGUGAGCGGCAGCGCUGCCCGCGCAUGGAUGGGCCCAGGUAAUCUGCUAUAUUACGGCAGCUUGGACCCCACACAGCGAUACAACAUCCGGAUUCAGUUUGUCGGCAAGGGCGUGCUUGAGUGGGGCCGCGCACAUUUCAUUGUCACGCAGGGUGGUGAGAUGUGGUCGCCAGUCUUGUCGGGCGUGGACGACAGCAGAGGCAUCGAGACGCCGGCGGAUGAGCAGAACCGGUCCAACACGCCUAUCGGGGCGAUCAUCGGCGCCGUCAUCGGCGGGCUCACGCUCCUACUCCUCCUCGGGGGAAUCUGGUGGCGGCGGCGGCGGCGCGCGCGCUCGUCCGAGAACGUGCCCAAGGCGGCAAUAGGCAAGAAGUGGCGCCGCAGCGAGUUCGAAGUCGACGUCGUUGACCAGACUAACCAGUCCGGCGCGCUCGGCACAUAUCUCCCCAUGCACGAUCCUGUGCGCGCCACUGCCGACAUGCUUCCCGACACGGCUGAGAACCGGAUCACGCCGCUGCCUGCCCCGUGGCCUGGAGACAUGGUGUCGCAAAGCUCAUCAGGGAAGGGGUCAUCGCCGACGGGCUCGGCGCCACACGGGUAUGCGCAGUCAUCGCAGUCUGCUCUCUCCCUGCAACCUGCCCCGUACGCCGCGCAAGCCCCGGGAAGCGCGUAUAGCUCCAGCCAGAGCAGUCAUGUCUAUCCGCCGCAGAAGUCGCCGUUUGCCGACCCGCCCGGCAUGGCGCUGUCACCGUCCACGCCAACACAGGCGCCAUACCCUAUCCCGCCGCUGAAGGCGGCACUGCUGCCGCCCCGACCGAUGAUCGUCACCGAGGCAGAAGAUGCUGGGCGCAUAGUCGAGGAACAGGUGCCGCCGCGGUAUAACCCGGCAUGGGCGGAGAACGAGCCACGGCGUUAGUGUACAAAGGUUAUGGAUCAGGUUCUCUUGUAAAGCACUAGCACGCCUGCGCCAGACUCAAGAUCGUCGCAUAUGUGUCUACUCGCCAAUGCCAGCACCUACGCCUGGUUUUUCAGAUGUACGCCGUACCAACACAGGCCGGCAACAGCGCCACCGCCGACGCCCAACCAUGGCGGCGCCUUGUAGUUCCUGCACGCAAGGAAACUCCCGCUGGCCACCACGGCCCAGAACGGGUCGGCCGUGAGGGGGCCGCUGACCGCCUGCCUGCUCUCGCCGUCGGCCGCGACGUACACAUAGCCGACCAGGAAGAGCUGCCAUACGGCGGUGAAGACGAGCCCGCUCGCCGUCGCAUUGAGCCCACGGAUGAUGGACCGCGCAACCGCCUUGUCGCGCCAGUUGGCGUACAGCGGGAGCAGGGCGAGCUUGAGGAGGAUGCCAGGGCCAAAAAUGCCCACGUAGCCGAGAAAUGCAC